AUUUAGUAUAUCGAAGCAAACAUAAAACAUAAAGGCUGUUAACUGCAGGUAAUGUUGGCGCUAAAAAGGGCGCGGUGAGCUGUUACGAUCUGAAAUGUGACACGCGACUCGGUUCAUGCUUGUUCACGCGAGCGCCUAGUUCAUCUUGCAGAAGAGCUGAAAACGAAAAAAGAUACCGCAGUUUAUAACGAGCCGUUGGUGAGCGUUGUAGGCUAUGGGAGCAAGCUGCAAACGGAGAUUUCCAAAAAAUUAAAAAUAAAAAGUUAGAUAUAAAAUUAAAAAAUAUGAAAAAUUAAUAAAAUAAAAUUUGUGAAUAAUAAGCGGCGAAUUGUGUAACGCGCUUCACUUCUGAUUUUUUUUUUGUUGUAUUAGGCAUAUGUGUACGUAUGACGUACAUACAUACACCGGUGUGUGUCAGCUGUCGGUCGGUUCUUUACAUUCCUACAUUCCCGUGUUCGUUAUCUAAUUAAACAGAUGUGUUUUACAAGAUCACAGAGUGCUUGCAAAUUAUAUACAUACUUAGUAUAUUGUACAUAUGUACAUAUAUAUGUGCAUUCAUAUAAUUAGACUCAGCCAAAAACGCUCACCUAUCGUUAGUCAGGGAAAUUUCGCCAUUCGAUUUGAACAUUUCGCUUAGAAGGCGCAUUUUCGGUACUUGCUCACGAUUUAUUGUUGUUGGUGGCACGGUAAAAAGUCCAUCAUACAGUUAUACGAGUACAUAAGCCACGGUUCGUGCGUCUUGUUCGCGUGCACGCGUGUCUUCUUUCUACUGCACUCAGCUAAAGAACCACAAAAAAAGAAACAUUAACAAUAAAAUUCGGUUGUAUAAUUACAUAAAGUAUAAGAAAAAAUGCAAAUGAAGCAGAGUUUCGGUCGGAGUUUCUUGAAUGAAUUUAAAUUGAGAAAAUUUGGCUUCAAGCAUUCGCAUUUGGAUCAAUUCUAUCAAUCGCAGGUUAACGGACUAAUAGGUGUCUUUGUGUCGAUUGACAUUGAACAAUUAAAUAAUGGUGGAAUCCCAAUUUUGUGCUUACGCCAAUGAAUUUUGUGUUGACAAUACAAUUCUCGCGUCCGACGAUUUCGUGUGCUAUUUUCGAUUGUGUACAUAAACAAAUUAAAAUAUAUGUACAUACAUACAUAUAUUGGCAAAGUGGUGUGCGCAGUUUUUAUUACCUCUUGUAUCGAUGGACAUGGGCGUUCUUUUUUAUUUCUGUGUUCAUAGCAUCUUUGGUUUUGCAAUUAUCAGGUGGCAAAUUCUUCAUCUUCUUGACGAAUUGGGGCAUAAUUGCGUGCCUGCUGGCCCAGCUAAGCGGUACUGUUCUCGCGACGCGAUGGUACUACAAUUUGGGCAACGCACGUAGUGCUGUGAUGGAGGGUAAGAUAUUGAAAGAGCCCCCGCCCACAUCAAGGCUGAUCAAAUUCUAUUGGUUAGUGCAUGGUGCUGCUUUAGCGUUGGCGCUGGUCAUCACCACGGUUUACUGGACAUUUUUACAUGGGAAAAUGGACAAACCCAUGCUCUAUCCCGUGAUGAGCUUCAUAACCCACUGCCUCAAUUCAGUAUUCAUGCUGGUGGAUUUUUGGUUGGUCGCAUUUCCGGUGCGUUUACUGCAUAUCAUCUAUUGGAUGCUGCUACCCAUAUUCUUCUACAUAUUCACUGUGAUUUAUUAUUUCGCGGGCGGCACGGAUGAAUAUGGCCACCAUUAUGUUUAUCCAAUUCUGGACUGGACCAAUCCCAUGCGUGCUGUAACCACCUUUGCUGGCGUUUUUAUCCUCUAUAUUAUCUAUGGCAUUGCUUUGUUUCUGCUCAGUAAAUUCAAGAGAUAUCUCUCACGUACUGUGAGCGCCAUGGAUAGUCCACAUGCCAUCGGAUUAAUCUAAAUUCUUGCAGAUGAAAUACCAAUUUUAAUUAGCAGAAUUACUUUUAAGCAUCGUAAGACAUUUUAGUAUAUGAAUUUUUUUACACACACAUUCAUGCACUCUGCCUGAUAUAUGUUUAUGUACGUACAUACUUAUGUUAGACAUAUGUUAUGUGAAUACAGAGCAUAUACAUACAUACAUAUUCAUACCUUAAUGCAUUAUAUUAUAUAAGUACUUUGAGUAGUUAGCACGUAAUAUUUUGUUUUAUUGUUAUAACAUAAAUGAAAAAAAUCGAAAACUGAAUUUUAGAUUUAAGUAAUGAUAAACUAAAGACACAACUGAAAACUUGUCCCUUAUGAAUGAAGUCAAUGAAAUAAAUAAUGAACCAGUAAUGGAU